AUGGGAUUCAAUCGUAUCACUGGAAGCAUACCUAAUGAGAUUGGGCAACUAGAUGGAUUAACCACCCUUGGUUUAGAACAUAACUUCCUCCAACGCACAGUUCCACAUUCAAUUAGAAAGCUUGAAAAUCUUGGGGAGUUAUUGCUAUUAGGAAAUCAACUAUCUGGUAGGAUUCCUGAUAUCUUUGGAAAUCUUACUAAGUUGUUUACACUUAUGUUGUCUAUAAAUAAUUUCGAGGGAACUAUUCCAAUAAGCCUCAAAUAUUGCAAAGGUAUGCAACUCUUGGACAUAAGUCAUAAUAACUUGAGCGGGAAUAUACCAAAGCUAACAUUUGGUCAAUUAGAAAGCAUAAUUCAUCUUGACUUGUCUUCCAAUUCCUUGAUUGGUCCCAUUCCAUCUGAGAUUGGUAACAUGAAGCAAUUAGUGGAAUUACGUCUGAGUGAAAAUAGUUUUUCUGGUGAUAUUCCAAUGGAACUUGGAAAAUGCAUACAAGUGACGGAUCUUGAUAUGAGUGGGAACUUCCUUCAUGGAACUAUCCCCUCAUCAUUCAGUUCCUUGAAAUCCCUCGUCAACUUAGACCUUUCCAACAAUAACUUGUCAGGCACAAUCCCACAACAACUAAAAGAUCUUCCAAUAUUGAAGACUUUGAACCUAUCUCACAACCAUUUUUAUGGUGAGGUUCCAAAAGGAGGAGCGUUUGAUAAUAUCACAGCUAUUUCACUCACGGGAAACGAGGAUCUCUGUGGUGGUAUACCUCAACUAAAGCUACCUACAUGCCCAAGAAGCUUUGGUUCUGUAUAUAAAGGAACUCUUCGGCACUUUGAAGGUUUUAUUGCCGUGAAGGUGCUCAAUCUUCAAGCACAUGGGGCAUCAAAGAGUUUCAUCACAGAAUGCAAGACUCUUAGUAAUGUCCGGCAUAGGAAUCUUUUGAAGAUUCUGACUUCAUGUUCAAGCGUUGAUUACAAUGGCAAUGAUUUUAAGGCCCUUGUUUAUGAGUUCAUGCCUAACGGGAGCUUGGAGAAUUGGUUGUUGGCGAAUGAACUUGAUGAACCUAGAGAUCUACAUUUGAAUUUCGAACAAAGAUUGGAUGUAGCCAUAUAUGUGGCUCAUGCUUUGGAUUAUCUUCAUCAUGGUUUUGAGGAAACUAUCGUUCAUUGUGAGAUCAAGCCAAGUAAUGUUCUUCUUAGUGAUGAUAUGGUUGCACACUUAGGAGACUUUGGAUUAGCUAGGCUUCUUCAUGAAGUUACAAGCUACUCUAGUGUGGGCCAAACUACAUCUUCGGCAAUUAAGGGAACAAUUGGCUAUAUUCCUCUAGAGUAUGGAGAAAGUGUCCAAGUUACAACAAAAGGGGAUAUCUACAGCUAUGGGAUUCUUAUGCUUGAGAUGCUCACUGGAAAGAAGCCGACAUAUAGCAUGUUUCGUGAGGAUCUAAGCCUAUCCAAAUUCUGCAUGCUAGCGUUACCUGAUAGAAUCUUUCAGAUUAUGGAUCCAAAUUUGCUUGUUCUAUCUGAUAGAGACCAUAGGAAAAUUAUGCAGAAUUCAAAUAUGGAAUGCAACAUUCAAGAGUGUCUGGCUAGCUUUGCUAGGAUUGGUGUGGCAUGCUGUGCAGAAUUGCCAGGUGAAAGAAUGGAUAUCAAAGAUGUUUUCGCAGAGUUGCUUGCAAUUAAGCAAAAACUAUCCACUUUCAACAUUGUCAUAUGA